AUUUCAGAGAAAGAAAUAUGUCUGCUUGGAAUUAUUUACUGUGAUUCAAGGCAUCGUGUUUCUAGUGGAAUUCACAAUUCAAGAUGGAUUUGUUGUCGAGUGCCGUUAUCGUCGACAAAAAUGGAAGAAGAUGUGAUAUUAAAGAUAUUCUGAAGGAUAAGGUAGGUGUGGCCCUUUAUUUCUCCGCCCAUUGGUGUCCCCCAUGCCGUGCCUUUACACCACGCUUAGCUCAAGCAUACAGAGACUCUAGGAUACAAGGGCCAGGGAAGGGAAUAGAAGUUAUUUUUGUGUCCUCCGACCGAUCUGAGACAGAAUUCUACAGCUACAUGAAGGAGGCACAUGGCGACUGGUUUGGUCUAGUUCCAGGUCAGGCCGCGUCACAGCUAAUUUCGGCGCAGUUUUCUAUACGCGGCAUUCCUGCACUUAAGGUUAUUGGACUGGAUGGUAGUUUGAUAUCUGAAGAUGGGAGACAAGAAGUUAUGAGCUUAGGAAGCAGAUCUUUCCAGCAAUGGGAAUCAUUAGCACCAGCUCCAAUAGAUGUCUCAGUUGUUAAUCUGCUAUUGGAUAAUGAACCUACUGUCAAGAAUGAGGCCUGUGAUAUAUUGAUCCGAUUGUUUUCCAAUAUCAUUAAGGAUCCUGGAAAUAUAAAAUAUCGUCAAGUUAAAUUAACAAACCCAAAGAUAGAGUCCAAGUUGCUUCCUGCUGCAGGGGCGUUUGAAGUUCUGUUCUCAGCGGGGUUUGAAGAAGAUGAUGAUAAGCUACUUCUCCCCCUUGCCAUCCCUACCAGCAAGAUUGAGAAAUUUCAUGAUGCAAUAAUGAAGAUUAAAGAUGCAAGUCAAGGUAGCUUAUCUAGCUCGGGAUCUAAACCUGGGGCAUCUGGAGGAUCUGGGAGUGAGACUAGUGGAUCAGGUGGUUCUGGAGCACCAACUCAAGGAAGUUCUAGUUUACCAGGGGGUUCUGCAAGUUCUAGCGGGCCUGCAGGAGGUUUAAGUAGCCUUAUGGAAUCAGGAGGGUCCUCCAGCAACAUCCAAGGAAGCUCUAGACUUCUAAUGCCAGAUGUUCUGGCAAGAGAAAAAGAUUUUCAUCGUAAACUUGUUUCUGGUUAUCAGCACAUGCUGACUUAUGAAGACCCUAUAGCCCAGGCCGCUGCCUUAUCUGUCAUGCCAGUCGAAAGAUUUGAAAGUGCUGCCAAAGAAAAAUUAGAAAGAGCUAAGACCUUGGAUCCCAGAUUAUCAGAUCUCCUGUACUCGGAUUUUAAGUUGAUAGAGUUUAAAGAAUGGUUUAAAACAGAGUUUUUCAAGUGGGUAGACGCUCCUAAAUGUAGCACUUGUAAUGGGGACACUGAGAACAAAGGAAUGCUAGUUCCCACAAUUGAGGAGCAGGCAGAUGGUGCUGGUAGGGUUGAGGGUUAUGUGUGUAAAAGCUGUGGGGCUGAAACAAGAUUUCCGAGGUACCAUUCCAAGCCGGCCAAACUGCUUGAGACUCGGCGGGGCAGGUGUGGAGAAUGGGCCAACUGUUUUGUAUUAUGUUGCAGAGCACUUGGUUUUGAUACCAGGCAUAUCCUAGACUGGACUGAUCAUGUUUGGAGUGAGGUGUGGAGCCCUGCAGAAGACCGGUGGCUCCAUGUAGACCCUGGUGAAGCUGUGGAUAAACCUCUAGUCUAUGAAGCGGGCUGGGGGAAGAAGUUGACUUAUGUAAUAGCAAGCUCUAAGGAUGAAGUCCAAGAUGUAACAUGGAGAUAUUCUAAGGAUCAUGCUGCCACAAAGCAGCGUAGGAAUAUAGUCAGACCCAAAUGGUUAAUACGGUCCCUGUUGCAGCUUACAGAGAAGGCUCAAGAGACUUACACAUCAGAAAGGAAGGCUAAGUUGGCCCAACGGCGACUAGCUGACUGUUUGGAGAUGUUAAUGCCUAGAAAGGCAGGGGAAGGUGAAAAGGUUGGUCGACAGACCGGAUCCUUAGCCUGGAGAUUAGCUAGAGGCGAGCUUGGUGAACCUUCUUCCACCUCUUUUACAUUCACCCCCUCUGCACAAGAUGUAGAGAAAACAGAAUUCUGUCUUGAGCUCUUCAUGAACAAGAAUUACUAUUUGCUAGGAGAUGGUACUAGGAUCGAAGGCUGGAGGUCUGGUAUACUGGAAGCAGAGAAUGUCACCAGAAUAGUAGAAUCAGACUGGAACAUGGUUUAUCUCUCAAGACAAGAAGGGAAUCUAGGGAAAGGUUCUGUAACAUGGAAGGUGAAGCUUCCUCCUGGGUAUACUUCUGGUCAUGUUGAGUUACUGGUCAACUCAACUGUCUUUAAAACAGGUCGAGUAAUCUGGCAACUCUGCGGGGAGAGUUCGUGUUUGCUACCACAGCCAGGGGUCAACCUUCAGACGGAUCAGCUUACAGGUAGCAAUGAGUUGAAGUUGACCGCAUUAAUGUCUGGGGGAGAGGGGGAUCUUGCCUGGCAGCAUACGCAACUUUUUAGGUGUAGCAGUACAGGGGAGGGAGAUGCAAACCCUAAUCUUAGACUUGUUGUUAAACUUAAACCGGUUUAAUGUAAAUAUUGUAAAACCGGUUUAAUAUAAAUAUUAUAAAACCGGUUUAAUGUAAACAUUAUAA